AUGAGCGACGAAGACGUAAAAAUUGCGUCUUCUGAACUAGGAACGAAGGAUUUGUAAGUUGAUUAUUUAAAUGAGAAAAAAAGGAAUUCACUUUAAGUUGGGACAAAAGGUACAAAAUGGAACUGGAGAAUUUCAAAGCGCACGGGGACGAGGGAGAAGUGUGGUUCGGAAUUUCCGCGGAAACGAGAAUUGUGAAGUAUUUGAUCGAGUCGAAAACGGAAAAAGAGGCGAGAAUUCUCGAUUUGGGAUGUGGAAAUGGAUCAGUUCUUAGAAAAUUAGUGAGUGAAAACAAAGGACGGAAGGGGAAAACGAGGAUAAAUUAAAGAGAUCGAAAGGGUUCCGAAGUCUGAAAGGCGUGGAUUACUGUCAGAAAGCCGUCGAUUUGUCGGAGGCGGCAUCGAGAGCGGAACAGGAAGAACAAGAAAAAGAAAAGGAACUGCCGGAUAUUCAGUUUGAGGUGGGACCAGACGGACUUCAAUUUUCAUCUGAAUUCCUUUGCAGCAACUGGACAUUACAGCUCCCCGCAACGACUUCUUCUCGCCGCCGUUCGAUGUGAUCCUCGACAAGGGCACUUGGGAUGCAAUGAGUCUUUCCGACGAACGAGAUGCCCGUCUUGCCGCCUACGCUGACUUCCUCCGGAAGGGAUUGACUGCCGACGGACGAUUCGUCAUUUUCUCCUGUAAUUUCACACUGUAAGUGUCGUUUCCUUCUUUACGCCUCGCAUCUUUUCAUGUUUUCCUUUUCCAGAGACGAAAUGCGUGCCCAAUUCUGUCAUCCGAGUCUGGAUAUGGUGUGUGAAGUGCCGGCGGUGCAUAGCUUCUCUUUCGGAGGCAAACAAGGUGUCACUUCGACGGGCGCCGUCUUCCGGAAGAAAUAA